AUGCGCCACUUGGGAUUACCGUGGAGUAUUUCCUCUCUGCUUUUCCUCCUCACAUCUACCCCUGAACCGACAGUACCACAGGUUGUAGAACUAUGGCAAGCUAUCGCGGCGAACUACACAAGUGGAAUCGGUGCUGAGAAAAUGUUUAAUAGUGUGUAUGAAGCUGCACAAGGGGUCUGCCACGAUGCAUACUGCGGCGCUGUUGGGUUCCAGGGUAAUGCGGAUCUUGUAGGGAAUGGGGUCAUGAUUGCCUAUUUUGUCGAAGCAGCUUUGGUAUCACUGUUUCUGGUCGCAGUGGGUUUGCAUCAUCUGAAAAGCCGCCUGUAUCAGGAAAGAUCUGUUCCAAAGCAAACAGUGGGCUAUAUCUCUGCAGCAGCCCGAGUCCUUGAUGCGUUCCGUGGCAGCAUCGGAAACUUUUGGAGCAGUGCUGCAGUACUGAGCUUGACCAUGUUGAUAGUCUCUCUGCGUAUGACAGCACAAGCUAGAAUUUACGCUGAGAGGGCUGUUCAGGCCUGGAGGAGCGGCUCAGCUGUUAGUGCAUAUGACACCCAGCUCGCCACCAUCGUCUCGUGUUUCUCACUUUUUCCCGUCCUCAUACUUGGCCUCCUGGUCAAAAAUCGUGGCCGCCGCCGGUGGCUGGUGGGCAUCGUUCACAUCAUCUUGUAUGUGCUAGUCCUCGUUCAGAUCAGACUGGGCAUAUACCACACCAGUGUUGCGUCAACAAUGAGCUCCCUAGGCGCAGCUUGUAAUCCAUCGACUGUGGAUAGGAUAUUCCGCAAGUAUGGCUCGCCUGUGUUUUAUGUGCUUAAUGCUGUUCCUGUCAGUCUUGUUGUGUUGUUGGCUGCUGCUGUUUUGUUUCGUGUCUACCGAGGGGAGCCAGAAAACCAGGCAGAACGGACGAAAUACUGGCACCCGGCUGCAAAUUUGCUACGCCUAUAUGAAGACUCUCUGAGAGCAGUUACCUCCGCUGCGUGCUUUGUGCUUAUGUGGGCAUCGCUUGGGCUGCUGCUUUCUAUGAGAAGCCUCAUCAUAGGGAAUGUUGGACACAAUGACCCAGCAUUAGAAUGGACCUUUGGCCAAUUCCUGGCAUUAGCGACUUGGAUUCCCGUUGGCGUGGAGUGGGUGUAUAUCCUGAUAUUCGGUUUACAGAGAGGACUAGAGGGCCAUGUCCCAGAAGACUAUGCUGUUAUGCAUACAAGCCAUACUGCACUGUCACCCGUUUCACAAGUCCGUUAUCAUCGCCCAGCGGACACUGCUGAACUGUUUCAGGACGAGCAACAGCAAACGGAGGCGAUAAAAUAG